AUGCUCGCCGCUCAAGUUGCACUUGGUCUCCUUUCCGUCGCAUCCUCGGUGCUGGCACACGGUUUCGCGGUGGAGCUUACCGUCUCCAACCCUCCCGCUACCUAUACUGCCUACAACCCGUACCAGGACCCUUACAUGAACCCGGCCCCUGAGCGCAUCUCCCGCAAGAUUCCGGGCAACGGUCCCGUCGAGGACAUUACUUCUACAGACAUCCAGUGCAACGGAGGGGGAACUGUUCCUGCUGGUCUCAUCGCCACUGCUGCGGCUGGUGCCAACAUUGGCUUCAACUGGACGAACCAAUGGCCCACCUCUCACAUGGGCCCGGUCAUCACUUACAUGGCCAAGGCUCCUUCGGACAUUACCAAGUGGACUCCAGGAACCGACAAAGUCUGGUUCAAGAUCGACGAAGCCGGUCUUGAGAAUGGCAAGUGGGCCGGUACCGAUAUUCUCUUGGAACAAAACGGUCUCUGGACUGUAAAGAUCCCCGAGAACUUGAAGCCCGGCCAGUACCUCAUCCGUCACGAGAUCAUUGCGCUCCACGCUGCUGGCUCUUACCCCGGUGCUCAGUUCUACCCGGCUUGCCACCAGUUCGAGAUCACCGGCUCCGGUAGUGCUCUCCCAGACGAUGCCGAUUUGGUCGCUUUCCCCGGCGCAUACACCCCCGAGACCCCUGGAGUUGUCUACAACCCCUACAGCGGCCAAACCACCUACCCCAUUCCUGGACCCAAGGUUUGGAACGGCGCUGGCUCGGGCUCUGGUAACGGUGGCUCUGGUGCCGUAUCUUCCACCGCUGCUGCUCCUUCCUCGACUGCCGUUGCAUCUUCUACUGCUGCUGCCCCUUCGAGCACCGCUGCGGCCUCUUCCGUCGAGUCUGAGGCUCCCUCUAGCGCCCCUGCUACUGUUCCCGCUUCUUCUGAAGUUCCCGAGGUUCCUGCCUCUUCUACCGUAGCUCCGGUCUCUUCCACCGCUGCGCCAGUUUCAUCUACUGCUGCACCUGCUCCCGUUUCUUCCUCCCCGCUCCCUCCACGCCUACCGGAGGUGCUGGCGCAGCUCAGCUUUAUGCUCAGUGCGGUGGUUCUAACUUCAACGGCCCCAAGGGAUGCGCUGCUCCUUACAUUUGCAAGGAAUGGAACCCUUACUACUCCCCAGUGCAUCCAGGCCUAA